AUGAGUGCACAAGAAUCCAUCAAAUGUCUGAGGUACAUAUCGAAAAUAUGUAGUAUCCUUGGUAUUAUCACACCUCGUGCAAACACAUGGAUAUAUAAAGUGUACUCUCUGACAGUACUUUCCAUCGUAUUCAUCAACGCCAUCAUAGCUUUGAAGGAAAGAACUUCACCGCUAUUCACUACCUAUAACGUCAUAAUCAAAGCUGUCGACCAAAUAGCGAAUGGUUUUUUGACGCUGGCCGUAUCUUUUGCAACUAUUUCGAACGUUUUCGUCUAUCCAAGCAAAUUGGAAGAGAUUCUCGAUUCGCUGCUCAAAUUCGAUGUCGAUUUUGACAACCAUUUGCAGGUGAUGCGAUUCAUUUUCUGGUCUGUUCUGAUCGGUUUGAACGCAAUCAUCAUGAUGAUGUUAGCCCUAGAUUCCUGGUUUUGGACUGAUGCUGUCAGUCUGACGAUUUACAAGUACUAUUUCGUGAGAAACGUGCAAUACUAUCAGCUGACUUUAUUCAUAUUUCUGAUAUUCUGGAUGGCCAUGGAAGUAUACUGCAGUAUCCUUGCUGUUUUCCCAACUUGUGCAAACACAUGGAGAUAUAAAAUGUACUCUUCGACAAUUAUAUCAUUCAUAUCCAUCAACGCCAUCAUAGCAUACAAGGAAAAGACUUCACCACUAUUCACUACCUAUAACGUCGUAAUCAGAGCUGCCGACCUAAUAGCGAAUGGUUUCUUAACGCUGGCCGUACCCUAUGCAGCUAUCUCGACCGUUUUCGUCUAUCCAAGCAAACUGAAAGAAAUUCUCGAUUUGCUGCUCAAAUUCGACGUCAAUAUUGGCAACCAUUUGCAGGUUAUGCGAUCCACAUUCUGGUCCAUCCUGAUCUGUUUGAACGCAAGCAUCAUGCUGGUGUUAGCCCUGGAUUCCUGGAUGUGGAUAGAAGCUGUCAGCCUGACGAUGUACAAGUACUAUUUCGUGAGAAACGUGCAAUACUAUCAGCUGACUGUAUUCAUAUUCCUGAUAUUCUGGAUGGCCAUGGAGGUAUAUUGCAGGUUCUUCAUGUUGAACAGGUUCCUGGAACGAUUGUCUCAAAGGAAUCAGAAGAACCAUUUGAUCCUCCUUUAUCCAGAAAUCGCUAAAGUUAGAAGAUUGCACAAUCAGCUCUCUUUCAAGGAAAGGACUUCUCCUCUAUUCCCUACCUAUCAUGUGAUAAUCAAAGCAGCAGAACAAAUGGCGAAUGGUUUCUUAACGCUGGCCGCUUCUUCUGCAACUAUUUCGAACGUUUUUGUCUCUCCCAGCAAAUUGCAAGAGAUUCUCGAUUUGCUGUUGAAAUUCGAUAUCGAUAUUGGCAACCAUCUGCAGUGUGAUCCAUUCAAAAUAAUCGAAUAUACAAAUAAGGUGUCCUACGGUAUCAACAAUAUGUUUGAUUUCACCAAACCUACAAUGUUCGUCUCCGUCAAUUAUAUUUUGAGAAUAGGCAUUUUUCUUGGGAUAACGCCCCCUCCUAACAAGUCCAAGUUACAUAAUAUGGAAGCAAAAAGGACCAAGGACAUCUGCCAGAGCAUAGUUGUGAAUAAUCUUGAAAUGAACGAUGUUCUCAGAGAUGAAAUGAUCCAGCUGGCGGAUCAGGUUACUCGUCGUCAACCUCAACUAACAGCAUCGAGCUUCUUCGCCAUAGAUUUCACGAUUUUAGGAUUCAUGUUGGCGAAUAUAACGUCCUAUAUCAUUGUAGCUGUACAAGUGGAGGUUGUGAUUCUAGCAGCGGUCGGUGAUUUCGUUUCUGAGGAAGCAAAAACUACCAAGGACAUUUGCCAAGCUAUCAUUGUAGAUCUGGAUACGAACGAUGUUCUCAGAGAUGAAUUGAUUGAAUUGGCACAACAGGUUGCUCGACGUAACCCCCAACUGACUGCAUCGACCUUUUUCGGUAUCGAUUUCACGAUUUUGGGAUUCAUGUUGACGAAUAUAACGACCUACAUCAUCGUGGCUAUUCAAUUCAUAAAAGGAUCAAAUACCUCCUAG